AGUUUUGUAAAUAGUAGUUUUCGCGGGAUUUCAUUCAAACAUCUGGCGGAAGCGGCGUCGUUGGCGCAAGCGUAGUGUUCGUUAUUUAGCCUCGAGGGCGGAAGUUUGGGGGAGUGUCGAGGCUAACAAAAUGGCAGUGGGGAGACUGUAGCGCUGCAGUGGCAGUGUAUCACAUCAGAAACGACAGAAAAUAUAUGAAGUAUACACCCUGUGCUGUUCACUUGCGGCGAUUCCUGAAUACCAUUUUCUGUUCGACGUUUCAGUGCAUUUCUUAGUGCCGGUGGAAGCAGUUGAUGUUCUUCGAUACCGUCCAUUGAUAUAAGAGGUAUCAAAGUGCACCGAAUAAAACUUUUGCGAGUAUUUGAAUUUGAUACAUAAUCAUUUCGCAAUCAGGAAUGGUAAUGGAGGCCCCCCCAUCUCCCGAUAGCGUUGGACGGGAGUUUGUCCGACAGUACUAUACCCUGUUGAACAGGGCACCAGAGCAUCUGCACCGUUUUUACAACAACCAAUCCUCUUUUGUCCAUGGAGGUUUGGACCCGCCCAACCGCGAGACCAGUCCCAUGAUUGGGCAGAAGCAGAUCCAUCAUAAGAUCCAACAGUUGAACUUCCAAGACUGUCACGCUAAAAUCGCGCAGGUGGACUCGCAAUCCACUCUUGGAAACGGCGUCGUCGUACAGGUGACCGGGGAGCUGUCCAACGCUGGGCAACCCAUGAGAAGGUUUACCCAGACCUUCGUCUUGGCCGCACAGAGCCCCAAGAAGUACUAUGUACACAAUGAUAUCUUCCGCUAUCAGGACGAGAUCAUCUCCGACGAGGAGUGCGAGAACGAGAACCGUUCGGACACGGAGGAAGAGCUGAGUCAGGAGAGACCCGCUCAAUCAAUUGAGAUGACUCAAAUCAAUCAGCAACCUAUUCCGUACCCCUACAGCCCGAACAACGCUCCAUUGCCUGGUAACAUCGCUCCAGUUCCACAGCAUCACCAUGCCCAACCUGCUCCGCACGUUAUGCAGCCACCACAGCCGAUGCCAACGGUCAACGGAGUUGUUCAUCCUGAUGAGAUGACCGUUAUGGCUCCAAACAUGCCGCCGCAGCACGUCCCCGCCGGUCAAUCACCACCCAUGAACGCCGCUCCGAUGUCUGUUAUGCAACCUGCGCCCAUGAUCCCUGGACAAGUGCCCGCUCCUGUACCUGCCGCUCCCAUCGAAGAAAUCCCUCAACCCAUCGAGGAGGGUGCUGGUGACAACGCCGACAACUACGUCGAGAGUCAGGCUGUGGAAAUGGAACAGGUGGAUAUCAUCACCGAACCCACUUCAAAUGAACCAAAAACCUAUGCUAAUUUGCUGAAGACCGGAAGCAGCGUGGGUUACGCCGCAGCUACUCAGAUCAACGUGACCCCGACGACCCAACCACCGAAAUCCAUAUCGCCGCCCUCAGUUAACCGUUUCGAAAAUCGUGAGAUGCAACAGGGAGUCGUCAAUAAUAUGAACCAGCCUAGGAACAACAGGGGCGACAACAAUCGCAACCCACGCCCGGGACAACCUCAACAGCGUGUGCCACGCCCUGAUGCUCGCGGUCCACCAAUCAGGAACAACAUGAAUGAAGACGGCAACAACUUUGAGGAACGCAGGCGUUCGCAAGGCAACUUUUCUGAUAGCAACCAACUGUUCUUGGGAAAUUUGCCGCACAACGCCACCGAGGAUGAUUUAAGAGAAAUUUUCUCGAACUUUGGAAACAUCCUCGACUUGCGCAUCCACAGCAAACCAAACUCCAAGGCUGGACCUCCCGGAUCCCGUGCUCCACCAAACUACGGCUUUAUCACAUAUGAAACUCAAAACAACGUUCAAAAUUGUUUGGCGGCUAAGCCCAUUUACUUCUCGACGAGCGACAAGAACAGCGUUAUCCUGAACGUUGAAGAGAAGAAGGUCAAGGAUCGCACACCUUACGGUGGCGGUCGCGUCGGAGGUGGCAUGGAUAACAACAUGGGACCUCGGCCCAGGGACAAUAACGGACCAAGGCCAAGGGUGGGCGGUAUGCCCGGCGGACCACCGAGGGGAGGUGGCGCCGCUGGCGGUGGACCGAUGGGUGGCGGUGGCGGCGGAGCCUCCACCGGAGGCGGCAACAGACCAAACAACCGGGGGGCACCGAACCGUGGCCCAAACAACACAUACACCACCCGUCGCUAGCCCAUCAAAUUCUUCAGCUGCCUCUGGUGGACACAAACACUUAUCAUUCUAGUUCGUGUGGACGGAUAGUGUGUGGGAUGUGUACAGUGUUCUCUUAAGUCGGUUGGAAUAUAGAGCUGUUUAAUGGAUACAUUGGUGCCAAUAGUGACUUGCGAAACAAAACAUAAAACAAAACAAAACAAACAAACAAACAACAACAAACAAAAAAAGAAGUAAUAAUAAUAAAAAUGAGAAUAUUUACGUUUUUAAGGGGGGAUGAUGAGAUUGAUUAAUUCAGUUACAGAAAAUGUAGAUUUCAGGGAUUCUAUUUAUUUUUUUCUCUCUUCUCCGUAUAUUUUUUUUAAUUAAUCAAGUAUUUUCUUUGUUUUUUUUUUAAUUUAGAGAAAAAGAAAGAAUACACAUACACAAACACACGUAAACGGAUUCUCUCCGUUUAAUUAGAUAAGUCUACUCUACAUAUUAUACAAAGUUUUGUAUUCAAACCAUAGAUGGUUCUUAUGGGAUAACUUUAUUUUUGUUUUUUUUUAUAUACAUACAUAUUUAUAGAGCACGCACGGCAAUUCGACUUUCUUUCCUCUCUCGGCUGUGCUCGAUUAUAAUUUUUUUUUUCUGGAAAUUUUCACGAAUUGAAAUUUGUAUUCUCUUAAAUAAGAUGGUACAUUGAUUUUCCUGUGUGUGCAUUUAUGUAAAUUUGGAUAAUUAUGAUUUUCUUUUAAUAUUUGAAAAAAAAAAAGAUGAAGAAUGUAACGAACGGAAUACAUUUUGUUUCUCUGGAUAUUUGUAUAGUUGAAAGCGAAAGUGUGUAUGAAUACGUGGCGAGAAAUAUAAAUGUUUUCCAUGACUAGACAGGCAAAUGAGAAAAUCAAGAAAGGAGAGAGAAAAACAAACAAAAACAAAACAAAAAGGAGAAAAUCUAUAAGGAGUAAUGAAAAAAUAAUGAUAAUAUACGGAAAACGAAAAAAUGGUUUGUGUGUACGAAGUGAUUUGAUGCUGGUCAUAUUUUACAUUACCUGUGCAACAAAAAAAAAUCAAUUUUUAUUCUUUGAAAUAUUUUGUUUAUUAUUAUUGUCCACCCUUCUUUUUCUUUAUUAAUUAUUAUUAUUUUUUGUAUCGGAAACGGGGGGGAAACAGCAACGAGGAACAAAUAUAUAUCGAGAGAAAAAAGAAUCGCAACAAUUUUUCUUUUCUCAGCUAUCUUCUUAACUUUUUAAAUUUAAUUACACAACAUCUUCUGUUUUAUGUGGCUUAAAGUUUUCCCUAACCACUGCGCUUAUUGUAUUAUUUAUAUUAUUAUUAUUUUUUGUAAUAUACAUGUUUUAUAUGAAUAUUUAAUUAUUAUGUUCUUUUUUUUUAAUUAUUAUUUUCGAUGGCAGUGGUUAAGUUUUACUUUUUACACGCAACUGUUGAAUUUAUCGAUUGAAACGAUUCGUCGUCCCCUCAAUAUGUUCGUAACUAUUUUCCACUACUAUUAUUAUUAUUAUAUAAUAAAACAAAAAACAAACAAGAUUUACAAAAAAAAAACAAAUACGAAUGGAAAACUACUAAUGGCCAAUCCAGUGACUUAAGCUACAUUUUUUUUUGCUUAUACAUUAAAAACAAAAUAAAUAUUUAUAAUAUUUUUCCCCCACUCAAACAAACCGAGAUAUGUCGAGAGUUGAGAAAGUUUACUUUACCUUCCCCCCUUUCUGGAAAUGAUUUUGUUCCACUGUACGGUUUACUACACUAUUUAAAUAACUAACUCGUUAUUAUUUGUUUUUUUUUUUAAAUAAUUUUCUGUCGUAUAUUUUUCCCCUCGAAAAGAAAAAUGUAAACUUAGCUUGUACUGAGACUUUGUAGCAUUAU